GCAACUUCCUUAUGGAGGAAGAACGGGAUCAGAUGCUACAAGUUAAGAGCUGCCCUAAAAAUGUUCCUGCCUCUGAGGCCCAGAACCAGCUCUCCCACUGAACCCUACACACAAGCAACUGGGCCCCCAUAAAGGUGGGAGUAAGGAAUAAGCAGAAGCUAACAGACCCAGAUGGGAGGAAAUUAGUUCCAAUGCUAUUGCCGUCUGUCAGGAUGACAAAAUGGAUGCACUGGGUUAAGGUUUCUAUCUCAGGAUGCCUGUCUGUCAUGGUGCUUGAGACAUUGUCCUUCAGAAAAAUUCUUCAAGACUUCCCUUCCCAUGCUCCACAGGACCCUGAAAAUCCUCCAAAAGGAUGGGUAAAAAAGUAAAGAAGGAAGUUGAACCUCCUCCCAAGGAUGUGUUUGACCCAUUAUUAAUUGAAAGCAAAAAAGCAGCAACAGUGGUGCUUAUGCUAAAUUCUCCAGAAGAGGAAAUUUUGGCUAAAGCAUGUGAAGCCAUUUACAAAUUUGCACUAAAAGGUGAUGAAAAUAAAUCAACUCUGCUUGAACUUGGAGCUGUGGAACCUUUGUCCAAAUUGCUUUUACACGAAGACAGAAUUGUACGCAGAAAUGCCACCAUGGUGUUUGGAAUCAUGGCUUCUAACAAUGAUUUCAAAAAAUUAUUGAAGGAGCUGGAUAUCAUGAGUUCAGUCAUUGCUCAACUGGCACCAGAAGAAGACAUAGUUAUCCAUGAGUUUGCUAGUCUUUGCCUUGCAAACAUGUCUGUGGAGUAUACCAGCAAAGUGCAAAUAUUUGAACAAGGUGGCCUAGAGCCCUUAAUCAGACUGUUAAAUAGCCCAGACCCCGAUGUUAAGAAGAAUGCUGUUGAAUGCAUUUACAAUCUGGUCCAGGAUUUUCAAAGCCGUGCUGCAGUUCGUGAGUUAAAUGCAAUCCCUUCCUUACUAGAACUCCUAAAAUCUGAAUAUCCCAUCAUUCAGUUGUUGGCACUCAAGACUUUAGGUAUCAUAAGCAACGAUAAAGAAACUAGAAGAAUACUAGAAGAAAAUCAAGGACUGGAUCAUCUCCUUAAAAUACUAGAAACUAAGGAAUUUAAUGACCUUCAUGUGGAAGCCCUUGCUGUUAUAGCCAAUUGUCUGGAGGAUAUAGACACGAUGCAGCUAAUUCAGCAGUCUGGCGGCCUUAAAAAGCUCCUGUCAUUUGCAGAAACCUCCACUGUUCCUGAUAUCCAGAAGAACGCAGCUAAGGCGAUUGCUAAAGCAGCUUCUGAUUCUGAAAAUAGAAAAAUUUUGCAUGAACAGGAGGUUGAGAAAUGUCUCAUAACCCUUUUGGGAAUGGAAAACGAUGGGACCAGAGUGGCAGCUUCUCAAGCUAUUUCUGCCAUGAGUGAGAAUUUAGCCAGCAAAGAAUAUUUCAACAGCCAAGGGAUUCCCCAGCUGGUUCAGUUGCUAAGCAAUGACAAUGACGAAGUGCGAGAAGCUUCAGCCCUAGCUCUGGCUAAUCUGACAACAGCCAAUCCCGUCAAUGCAAAUGCAGCUGCUGAAGCUGAGGCUAUUGAGCCAUUAAUAAACAUCCUGUCUUGUAAAAGAGAUGGAGCUGUUGCAAACGCUGCUACGGUCCUCGCAAACAUGGCUACCCAGGAGCCUCUGCGUCUCGGCAUACAGAGUCACGGUGUUAUGUCCGCAAUGGUGGAACCGCUGCACUCCUCCAAUUCCGCAGUCCAGAGCACAGUCGCCCUGACUUUGGCUGCAAUCGCCUGCGAUGCCGACGCAAGGACUGAGUUACGAAAUGCUGGAGGCCUUGAACCCCUUGUCAAGCUCCUCCACUCCAAGCAUGAUGAAGUCAGGAGGCACGCCAGCUGGGCCAUCACGGUCUGCGCAAGCGACGAGCCAACGGCCCUCGAGCUGUGCAAACUGGGAGCUUUGGAAAUCCUUGAAGAACUUAAUCUAUCCGUACGGGGCAAAAAUAACUUCAGCGAAGGAGCUCACAGCAAAUUGCUUGAUAACAAUCUUUCCCUCAAGUACAGUCAAACUGGUUACUUAUCUUCAAAUAAUAUAAUUAAUGAUGGAUUCUAUGAUUAUGGCCAGACCAAACCUGGUACCAAAUUCUUGUCUCUGGAAGAAAUCAGUUCCCAAGGACUAACUGAUCGUCGCGCAGUACUCUUAAUUAAUUCAAAAUUUCCAGAAACUACGCCACCUCCAUCUUCUGGAGAUGAUAAGAUACUGGAAUAUUAUGGACGUAGCACCUCAUCUUCUUUAAGAAAAUUAAGUAGAGAAAAAUCCAGUUCUCCACAGGCAUCUCCUUCAGACGAAAAGCCAGAACUUCUUGGAAGAACGAUUACUUCUCUUAGCAAAGGCAGCACUAAAGAAAAAGGACUUAGAAAGGGGAAAGGAAAAAAAGAGGAGGAAAAAAUCAAAGAAGAGGAGGAGUUGCCAGUUGCACUCAAGGUCACACCGGCAGUACAUCUUGAAAAGAAAGAAUGGCUCCCACCGGCUGACCCCGAUCUCUGUGAAUAUGUCACUGAAGUGUCCAGAACAAUCCUCCCCAUCACCAACUUGCAGGACCAAAUUCAAGUUCUUGCUCAGUUUGUGGCAGAAAAGAUGGGCGGUCCAAUUGAAAAAGAUGGAUUACAUAAAUUCAGCUGGGAACUUCACAUAAGUGAAAUAGAAUUUGCUCUGAAAUCCAAUGUCAUACCUAUUGGGAAAAUCAAGAAAGGAAUCUUCUACCACCGAGCUUUGCUCUUCAAGGUUUUAGCAGACAAAAUUGGCAUUGGCUCCAGUUUAGUCCGUGGAGAAUACAACCGCGCUUGGAAUGAAAUCAAGUUAGUUAAUGACUCUACUAAAGGAAUCACUGGAUUUCUCCCUCCUCCACAAGUUUAUAUCGUAGACCUAAUGUUUCAUCCCGGUAAUCUGAUGAAGGAAAGAAGUGCAGAGGCAGAGCGCUACCAGUUUCUUUAACCUAAUCCAAGAAGUGUUCACAUGGGAAAAUAAUUCCUCCAAGAGGUUUGGAUGUUUGUAGCACAGAGACUGUCGUUUGCUUGAUUAAAUACAUUUAAAAUGAAUUUCA